AUGUGGCUCGCCAGUUGGAUACCCGUUCACACGACUGUCUCGGAAGAACCUCUCGGUCUCUGUAUCAUCAACUCCGCGACGAGAGCGAGCAUCCCGUACUCGACAUGGGCCAAAGUGGCAUUUUCAAAUCCAGAUGCCAGGUUCCGGGUCACACUUGGUCGGUGUAACGACUAUGACAACGCCCUUCAGACAGCUUCACCGUACUCCGUCUGUACCCUAGCGCACGCGACCAGUUUUGCCUACCACUCAGGGGUUCUGUCCUACUCGACGUGUUCCAGCCUCCGCAUUCUCGAUUUCAAUCACGGCCGAACCAGAACCACGGAGAAAGUGGUGACCAACGCUUUCUUAUGCAAAUCGGUGAGUGUGAGUAGGAGCUUCCAAGGCCAGGAGAAACUGGACCUUGGGUCUCUCGUGUCCCUUCAAGUCCAAGCGUUUGCUUCUGAUAUAGUGGUGCUUCUGUGUGAUUUUGGUCUCUAUGGUCAAUAUCUACUUGCCGUCAACAUUGCCGACGCUUUCGAGCCACCACAGCAGCUGCCAGAUGGCCAACGCCAUUCCCGUGUCUUGCUAUGCACGCGUCUGCGGUCUACCAGCAAGCUCUUCGUGAGGCAUGACAGCAGAUAUCUGGUUUUGGGCACGCAUUCGGCUCUAGGCAACCAUGAUCACCAUGAAUGGCUGUUGUAUCGGUACGAUCUCCGAACGUCAAGACCAGUGAGCAAGGAGCCGUUGCAGCUCCGGGACUUCUUCGGCUCCGAGAUGGGGUCGACGGUCUGCUUUACAAUCUACCACGACAACUUCUACGCCUUAACCAAUCAGACCAGCUUCGAGAGCGAAGAAGUCGACUGGACAAGCUAUUACCAUUUCAUCUGCUUCCGCCUCGACGACCCCCAUCCCGACUUGAAAGUGCAGGUCAUUUGGAGAAGACAACAUCUGGAGGGCCCAAUCAAUGACUCCUGGACGGAUAUUGGAUUCCAACUGGACCACCGUAGUGGUGAACUGCUGAUUGUGGAAUGCAGAAAGGAAUGGUUGGAUGGCGGUAGUCAAUCUGUGAGGACGUAUUACACCCAGCCCUUUCAUCGAGCAGUACAUGGCGAGUUACAGAAUGGCCUCCGACAUCCGCCCAACGACCCGCUGAGCCGUACGUUGGAUGCAAAGAGUAAUAGCAGAUGGGAGGCAUCCUGGCCUCGCGCUGAUAGGUACGUCCACACCGAAACCCAACAGGGUGACGGGGACGGCGUCAAAGAAUAUAUUCGAGCAAAGACCAAAUGGCAUGGCUACCAUUUCAAUGCUCAAACCUUCGUCGAUCUGGUGACGGAGGACGCCAGUGUCGAAGGUGAGUGGCGGCCUAAAGAGCGCAUCAAGCUUCGAAUGGUUAGUAGGCACGAACUUGGUCCUCUCGUCCCGACUGGGACUGGGGAAAGGUUCAGGAUCCGAUCUCGAAUGAGAGACAAGGAGGGUGAGGAGAUGCAAGAUGGCGAGGAAGCAUUCGGCCCUAGCAAAGUGUCGCUGUGGCCUCCGGACGAUGCUCCCCAGGAACUCCAUGACAUGCUCUGCCCUGGCGGUCGGGCAGGAGACGUCAAGGCCAUCCUAGGUGACGAAGGGAUGGUGUAUAUGGCCGGCCCGCCCCGCGAGCCUGGCUCUCCUGAGCGGGCGCUCAUAUUCGUGAGCUUCGAUCCGACGUUUGGCUUCGAAGGUAUGACACGCUUGGACGGAAGUGCGGUCAGGCAAAAGCAGAGAGAUGCGCCGUCGAAUGCGGAGAGGAAGAGGAAAAGUGUGUCUGAACUACGCCGAGAGUCAGCUGGUGGCUCUUCCAGCGAGAUGGAUCCAGAGCCUGCUUCUAGCGGACGUGUCAAGCGCAUCCGAGAUGGACAGGGAACGGCUGAACUUCAAUCUCCUCGCACGUGGUUCGUGAAAGAUGACGAUUCGGCCAGCGCGAAAGAGCUCGAUAAGCAAACGGAAGCGCAGGGAAAACAAGCAGAACCUGGGCAUGAGCGGGCCAGUAUCCUUCCACAUCUUUCGCCACCGGUGCCAACACUUCAAGCCUGGUCUUCCUCCGUGAUGAGGACUCGCAGUCCAAGGACGUCGCCGUCACCACCUGUGUCACCUUCGUCGCCUUCGUUUCCAUCCAUCCAACAGCCAGCCUCAUCUCCCAGGACCAUGACUGUGGCCAACAGGCCGUCUCUGGCGUCACGCAACCUUGAUACCUGGCGCGAGAGGGCGGCAUAUACUACUAUCAAGAAGGGGUUUUGGUUGCGGUAA